UUCAGUCAAGCCUAUGAGAACAGAAUCAGCAGAGCCCAGCUGUGUGUCAAUGAAGAGCGAUCAGUCUAUGAAUCCACCACUGUUUUUUAAUGACAGAAACACAUCAUCUGGCAGAAGAAAGAGAAAACACAGCAUGAAGGAGAAUCUACCAAAGCCCAGCCAUGUGCCUGUGAAGAGAGACUGUUCAGUGGAUCAGCCAAUACUUUCCAGUGGUGGAAACACUGCCCGCCGCGAGCGACAGACAGAGGCGCGAGGAGUUGCUCAGGUUGAGGACUACACACUGCCAGCAUACUUUGACCGACGAGAGAGCCCUCUUCCUGAUAUCAAGUUUGUGCAGCAGCUGAGUCCUGAGCAGAAGUCUCUAAAGGAAAAAGAGAAGGGAUCCUGGGCUGCGCUGUCCAAAGAGGAGAAGAUUGCAUUAUAUCGCAUCAGUUUCAAGGAGAGCUUUGCUGAAAUGGACAAGAGAACAGGAGAGUGGAAAUCUGUAGUUGCAGGAAUUUUCUUUUUCAUUGGCUUCACUGGUCUAGUUGUCUUGUGGCAGAGGAAGUAUGUUUAUGGAGAUGUUCCCCAUACCUUUGACCCCGAAUACAAGCAGAAGGAGGUUCAGAGAAUGCUGGAUAUGAGGAUCAACCCCGUUGAGGGCUUUUCAGCCAAAUGGGACUAUGAAAACAAUGCUUGGAAGAAAUAAAUUGUAGACCAGGCCCACCCCUUCUAACUAAUAACCCAA